AUGGCUCUCACAGCAGCACAAGUAGCUAUCGUCAAGAGCACAGCUCCCAUCCUCAAGGAGCAUGGCAAGACCAUCACCACCACUUUCUACCGCAACAUGCUCGGCGCCCAUCCCGAGCUCAAGAACUACUUCUCUCUCCGCAAUCAGCAAACAGGCGCCCAGCAAGCUGCUCUCGCAAACUCCGUCCUUGCGUACGCCACAUAUAUUGACGACCUCGGCAAGCUGUCCCACGCCGUUGAGCGCAUUGCCCAGAAGCACGUCUCCCUGUUCAUCAAGGCCGAGCACUACCCCAUCGUCGGCACUCAUCUCAUCGGCGCCAUUGGCGAAGUUCUCGGUUCAGCUUUGACCACUGAGAUCAAGGAUGCUUGGGUCGCUGCGUACGGCCAGCUCGCAGAUAUCUUUAUCCAGCGCGAGGGUCAGCUAUACGAUGCCGCAGGUGAAUGGAACUCGUGGCGCAAGUUCAAGAUUGCCAAGAAGGAGGCUGAGAACGACUCCGUUACCAGCUUCUACCUCGAGCCGCUCGACGACAAGCCUCUUCCCAAGUUCCUCCCCGGGCAAUACGUCAGCCUGCAGAUUCCCAUCCCCGAGCUUGACGGUCUUCUCCAAAGCCGUCAGUUCAGUCUGAGCGAGGCCCCAGGAUCCAACCACUACCGCAUCAGCGUCAAGCUCCAGGGCCCAGAGGCGGAGCCUUCACUUGAAGAUCUCUCCGCUGGCAAGAUCCCUGGUCUCGUUUGCACUAGGCUGCACAAGCGAUACAACGUCGGUGACGAGGUCGAGCUAAGCCCUCCUGCUGGAGAAUUCUUCCUCAACCCCGCCGACACCUCAGCCGCCAAGAAGCCUCUUGUUCUCCUCUCGGCAGGUGUUGGUGCCACCCCUCUCGUUUCGAUCCUCGAUUCCGUUCUCGGAUCAGAGACUGCCUCGCGACCCAUCACAUGGAUCCACGGUGCUCGUUAUUCCGGCUCGACAUGCUUCGUGCCCCAUGUUCUGGACUCGGCCAAGAAGCACGACAACAUCACAGCCAAGAUCUUCCUCGAGGAUGUCAAAGAAGGCGACCAGUACGACUUUAAGGGCGAGAUCAACCUUGCUCAGCUGCAAAAGGAUAAGCUUCUCCAGCUUGACAGCUCUGAUGCUGAGUAUUUCAUCUGCGGUCCUGAGGACUGGAUGGUCAAGGUCAGGGCGUUCCUCGAGGAGAAUGGGGUACCCCGUGAGCGUCAGCACCUCGAGCUCUUCAAGACCGGCGACGUCUAA